AGCAGCAGCUAGCUAGCAAGCAAGAUCUUCACUGCUUGAAGACCCCUUCCCCCUUAGCCCUAUAAAUGGCCUACUAUGCAAUCGCUCCACUAAUGUGUGUCCUUCCCCUUAUCCAAAAUGAGCUCUGCAUGCAUCUGUUCUUGCACCAAGCAUGGGGAGGACCAACCAAAAACCAAUAUGCAGUUGUAAUCCCACCAGAUAGCCCUAACGGUUUUGGUGGGACUGCUGCGAAUGAUUGGGUCAUAACUGAUGGAUUGGAUGCCAGCCGUAGUAAUACUGUUGGUCGUGGUCAAGGAUUUACUAUCAAUAAUAGUUUGUCCAAGUUUAGCUUUUACACAUCAUUUAACUUGGUUUUCGAGAAUGGGAGGUUCAAUGGUUCAACGCUUCAGAUUACCGGGGUUCUUCCGCAAUCUGCUAAUGGUGAGUGGAGCAUUACAGGAGGAACUGGAGAACUUGCUUUGGCACGAGGCAUUGCCAAAUUUAAAGCUGUCCAGAUGUCUAGUUUAUCAAAUGUGUAUGAACUUACACUCCAUGCAUACUACAGCCCAAUGGAUUCAUGCGGGAAUCCUGUAGCAACUUGUUGUGAGUCUUGGAAGGUGGGGACUACACAAGACGGGAUUACGGUGUAAUCAUUACACAAAUCAAAUUCCCUCAGUCCACUUCUUUUCAGAAUUGGCCGUUAUCAAUGUUCCUACCACUUUAUUUUGAAGGCUGUUAUUCUGAUUACUAUGUAGCCUUCUGUAUUUGUUUUUUGUUCAUGAUUUCAAUUUCAUGUUAUAUAUAUGCUAUCGCUACAUCUCAUGAUGUUCUCUAUCCAAUCUUUUGGAUGCGAUUAUGAAUAAA